AUGACAGAACGAACACCCCAACUCCAUUCAGAUCGCAGCAGCGUAUCCAUAUCAAGCGACAACAUCGAAGCGCAAUCCCACCACAGCCACAGCAAUGAAAGUGCCGUCACAGCAUCACUAGCAAAACAAACCACAGUCGCAUCGGGUAUAUCCGUCUUCGAGCAGCGCGCGCAGUCGGUCAUAUCGCGUAUUCGGAGUCGCGAGCCUGGGCAGACUGCUAAAUUUACGCAUCCGCUUUCACAUACGAGGACGACUGAGGAUGUGAUUGUUGAUUUUGAGGGAUUAGAUGAUCCGUACCGGCCUUUGAACUGGGGUUUUAGGAAGAAAGCUUUUACGACUGUUUUGUAUGGGUUGACUACUAUGGGGUCUACUUGGGCGAGUUCAGUGUAUUCGACUGGCCAGGGGCAGAUCAGUGAGGAGUUUGGUGUCUCUAAUGAGGUUUCUACACUAGGUACAUCAUUGCUACUGUUCGGGUUUGGAUUGGGUCCUUUGAUCUGGGCGCCUCUAUCGGAAGUGUUUGGGCGCAAGCCCGCUGUGCUGGCGCCGUACUUCCUCGCGGCUGUGUUCUCGUUUGGUACGGCUACUGCGAAAGACUUGCAAACUAUUAUGAUCACUCGAUUCUUCACGGGCUUCUUCGGCUCGGCUCCAGUGACGAAUACUGGCGGUGUUUUGGGUGAUAUCUGGACACCCGAACAGCGUGGAGCUGCCAUCGUUGGUUAUGCCAUGGCAGUGGUUGGUGGACCUGUACUCGGUCCAAUUGUCGGUGGUGCCAUUUGCCAAAGCUAUCUCGGCUGGCGAUGGACCGAAUACAUCACAGGCAUAAUGAUGAUGUUCUUCCUAAUAAUGGACAUCCUCUUCGUCGACGAGAGCUACCCACCAGUACUACUAGUCUACAAAGCCCGCCGCCUCCGAUUCGAAACAGGAAACUGGGCCCUCCACGCGCGCCACGAAGAAUGGGACGUAACCUUCAAAGAACUCGGCAACAAAUACCUAGUGCGACCCUUCCAACUCCUCUCAACCCCAAUCUGCUUCCUAGUCGCCCUCUACGCCUCCUUCGUCUACGGCAUCCUCUACCUAUCCCUAGCAGCCUUUCCAAUCGUCUUCCAAGAAGACCGCGGCUGGAACCAGGUCGUCGGCGCCCUCCCUUUCCUCGCUUACCUAGUCGGCAUCCUAAUCGGCGGCGUCAUCAACCUCGCAAACCAAAGCUUCUACCUCAAACGAUUCAAAGCAAAUGGUAACCGCGCCAUACCAGAAGCUAGACUGCCACCCAUGAUGAUUGGCUCUGUCCUCUUCGCCGCGGGGAUGUUCGUCUUUGGCUGGACUAGCCCGAAACACAUCCAUUGGAUUUGCCCGAUGAUCGGUGCUGUCAUGAUGGGUUUUGGUUUCUUCACGAUCUUCCAGGCUGCGCUAAACUAUCUCAUUGAUACAUUCCAGAAAUACGCUGCUAGUGCUAUUGCCGCCAACACUUUCUUGCGCUCUAUCUUUGCGGGUUGUUUCCCGCUUUUCACUACGGCUAUGUUUCAUAACCUAGGGGUGCCUUGGGCUGCUAGUGUUUUGGGUUUCUUUUCUAUUGCGCUUAUUCCAAUCCCGUAUUUGUUCUAUAUAUACGGCAAGCGGAUUCGGGCGCGUGGAUUUUGGUCGCGAGAGUCUGUUUGA